GCCGCGGCAGGAGCAGCGGGAGCUACAGCAUCAGCAAGAGCAACAGUAGCUACAGCCCCGGCGGCGGUGCCUCUUCCAGUCUGCUGCUGCAGUCCGUGCAACCACCCAGAGGGGGAGGGGGGAACCACCAGUCGCUGAGGAGCAGGAGAAGGGGGGAAAGUUUAGGCGAGCCGGGGUGGGGGGGGCCCAGCGCCGGAGCCGCGUGAGAGAGAGAGCCGUAUUUUGGUAGGGGAAGUCGGACUGCAACUGGCAGCAGAGCGUCCCCCGGCCGUGUGGACUCUGUACCCCUACUCCUGCCGCUCCUGCUGCCGCCUGUAGCUGGAGGGUCCCCUUGGGGCUGAAUCUUUGGGACUUGACCCCGUUCCCCUCCCCCUUCCCUCACUCCCAGCCAGGCGGGAGCAUUUAUUCCCCAGAUUAAUUCCCCCUUUUUUUGUGGGGGGGCGGGUGUGUGUGUGUGUGUGUGUGUCGGGGUGAAGUGUCCCUGGAUACUAAAUAUUGCUGAGCUUUUUUUUUUUUGCCCUCAUCUCCUUUUUUAAAAUUUCCUUUUUUAAGGUGGGAAAACUGAAACCCACCUUGACUUCCUCCCCUCUCCCCUCUCCCCACCUUCCCUCUCCCUAAUCCCUCGACAAGGAAGGAAGAAGCAGUUGGUUCAAUCUCUGGUUAUCUAUGCCAGCAAUUAUGACAAUGUUAGCAGACCAUGCAGCACGUCAGCUGCUUGAUUUCAGCCAAAAACUGGAUAUCAACCUUUUAGACAAUGUGGUGAAUUGCUUAUACCACGGAGAAGGAGCCCAGCAAAGAAUGGCUCAAGAAGUACUGACGCAUUUAAAGGAGCAUCCUGAUGCAUGGACAAGAGUUGACACAAUUUUGGAAUUUUCACAGAAUAUGAACACGAAAGUAAGCAAGUGGUGGUUUAAAAAUCCAUUUAUUCUUUUCUUCCAGUCAUAAACUUUGAGGAAGGUAUCUCAUUUUUAGUAUGAGCAUUUGUUAUCUCAAAUCACUUAAUAUUGUUAACUUACUUCAAAAUUUAGUCUUGAACAUAGAAUUAAUUCUUGCAAAUAGUCCUAAGAAUUAUGAAGCAUUGUAAUUGGGACUAGUAUGCAAGGUGGCUUUUUUGUUUUUUGGGGUUUUUUUCUUUUGUUUUUAGACUACGUAUAUAGUUCUAAGUAGCAUUAAUUCUGAAUGUUAUUCAGAGAUGAAACAACAUCAGGAAUUGUUUUGCUUUGGGCAAGUAAUCAAUAUAAUACAGGCUAGGCACCUCCAACACCAAGUUGUAUGGGCAGCGUAAAACCCUACUCUGUGGUACCAAUGCUUUUAAUGGGACAGCACUCAGUUUUUAUUUGCAGUUGAAAAUGUUAUAAUUGGGUCCUUUUUUUCUUAAGUUUGAACAGAAGGGUUGAUCAAAAUGUGUUUUGACUGUUUUAGGCUUGAUGAUUCACACUUCUCUUUAAACUGCAUUAAUGUAAUAAAAUAACCAUGCAUGGCAUUCUGUUUAAUACACACAAAGUUUCUUGUCUUGGUAUACAUUGUGUUAAAACAGAAAAUAGCCAUGUUCACAUCUGUUUCUGAAAUCAGACUGUGUUAAUUAACAGUUUUGAAAUAUUAAUUAGUUUUGACAUCUUGUAAAUUUUAGGACAAAAAUACAGUUCAGAACUUCCUCAAAGUGCUAACCUUAAGUAACAUAACAGUGUUUGCCUGUUUGCUUGCCUGGUAAAUUUUGCUUUUUAUACUGACAGACAUUACUAAUAAGUUGAUUUAUCAACAGUAUUUUUAAAAACUCAAAUUUGUCUUGUGAAAAAUGAGAUGAUUAGAGGAACAGAAAGAAAGCAACAGGUAAAGAAUUCUUCAAUUUACAUAAAUUGCAAAUGAUUUGGUGCUAAAUUUAUGCACUAUGACAUUUGGCUUUUAUGCAAUCAUUUUUUUUUUCUUUAAAGAUGUUAACACUACCUGAUAUUAAUCAUAAUGUUCCAUUAUGUUGAUUGCUUGUAAUAGGAAGAAAAGGGGUGUCUUCCUGUGCAACUGACACAGCUAGGCUUUGACGGCAGGCCUCCACAAGGUCUACCCUUUUGAUUCCCUUUAACUGAAUUCUGUUCAUCAAUUGUUUUUGUUUCAUGGGCGGUGGGAGGGGAAAGGGGAAGUCAAUGCAUAAAAUAAGCAUUUCUAAGGGCUCAGUAGAAAUUUCUACCAUGGGGAUCAUUUCAUGUAUUUAUUUUUUUCAUUUAGUCUUUGCUGUUAUCUGUCCCUCAUCUUCAUAACUCAGCAGUGGAUUUCUCAAAUCCUGAGAUGUAAUGCAGAAGUAUAAUUCUUUAAAAUGAUGGGAUUAUUUGGAUAUUUUCAAAGUAGUUAUCAUUGGCCUUCAGAUUUGGCUGUCACUGAAGAUUUUUUGAAUCAAGAUGCUGUUUUUCAAAGAAAUGUGAAUUCUCAUCAUGUAUAGAGUCUUAACGUCUAGGAGAGAUUCGAUUUUAGGAUAUUAUGAUGGUGAUCUAUGUACUCCUUUGGCCUAAUUAGUGAAAAGCUGUUAUUGGGCUUCCUGCCUCAUCCCCCUUGGCAGAAAGAAGCAAAGAUGAGUUGUAUCUUCUGCAAGCUCAUGCUACCUUUUUACAGUUGGAGAAAAGACUAGAGUAUUAUGGACUACAAAUUUUGGAAAAUGUGAUAAAAACAAGGUGGAAGAUUCUUCCGAGGAACCAGUGUGAAGGAAUAAAAAAAUACGUUGUUGGCCUCAUUAUCAAGACGUCAUCUGAUCCAACUUGUGUAGAGAAGGAAAAGGUGUAUAUUGGGAAACUGAAUAUGAUUCUUGUUCAGAUACUGAAACAAGAAUGGCCAAAACACUGGCCAACUUUUAUCAGUGAUAUUGUUGGAGCAAGUAGGACCAGUGAAAGUCUCUGUCAGAAUAAUAUGGUGAUUCUUAAACUCUUGAGUGAAGAAGUAUUUGAUUUUUCUAGUGGACAGAUAACGCAAGUGAAAGCUAAGCAUCUAAAAGACAGCAUGUGCAAUGAAUUCUCACAAAUUUUUCAGCUGUGUCAGUUUGUGAUGGAAAAUUCCCAAAAUGCUCCGCUUGUACAUGCAACGUUGGAAACGUUGCUCAGAUUUCUUAACUGGAUUCCACUCGGAUAUAUUUUUGAAACCAAGUUAAUCAGCACAUUAAUUUAUAAGUUCCUGAAUGUUCCGAUGUUUCGAAAUGUCUCUCUGAAGUGCCUCACUGAGAUUGCUGGUGUGAGUGUAAGCCAAUAUGAGGAACAGUUUGUAACGCUAUUUACAUUGACAAUGAUGCAGCUAAAACAGAUGCUUCCUUUAAAUACCAAUAUUCGACUUGCAUACUCAAAUGGAAAAGAUGAUGAACAGAACUUUAUUCAAAAUCUCAGUUUGUUUCUCUGCACAUUUCUUAAGGAACAUGGUCAACUUAUAGAAAAAAGACUAAAUCUCAGGGAAACACUCAUGGAGGCCCUUCAUUAUAUGUUGUUGGUAUCAGAAGUGGAGGAAACGGAAAUCUUUAAGAUUUGUCUUGAGUACUGGAAUCAUUUGGCAGCUGAACUCUAUAGAGAGAGCCCAUUCUCUACAUCUGCCUCUCCAUUGCUGUCUGGGAGUCAGCAUUUUGAUGUUCCUCCCCGGAGACAGCUGUAUUUGCCCGUGUUAUCCAAGGUUCGUUUAUUGAUGGUUAGUCGUAUGGCUAAACCAGAGGAAGUAUUAGUUGUAGAAAAUGAUCAGGGAGAAGUUGUAAGAGAAUUCAUGAAGGAUACAGAUUCCAUAAAUUUGUAUAAGAAUAUGAGAGAAACAUUAGUUUAUCUUACUCAUCUGGAUUAUGUAGAUACAGAAAGAAUAAUGACUGAGAAACUUCACAAUCAAGUGAAUGGUACAGAGUGGUCAUGGAAAAAUUUAAAUACACUGUGUUGGGCAAUAGGCUCUAUUAGUGGAGCAAUGCAUGAAGAGGAUGAAAAACGAUUUCUUGUUACAGUUAUAAAGGAUCUAUUAGGAUUAUGUGAACAGAAAAGAGGCAAAGAUAAUAAAGCUAUCAUUGCAUCAAAUAUCAUGUACAUAGUAGGUCAAUAUCCAAGAUUUUUAAGAGCUCACUGGAAAUUUUUGAAGACGGUAGUUAACAAGCUGUUUGAAUUCAUGCAUGAGACCCAUGAUGGAGUCCAAGACAUGGCUUGUGAUACUUUCAUUAAAAUAGCUCAGAAAUGUCGCAGGCACUUUGUUCAGGUUCAGGUUGGAGAAGUAAUGCCAUUUAUUGAUGAAAUUUUGAACAACAUUAACACUAUAAUUUGUGAUCUUCAGCCUCAACAGGUCCAUACAUUUUAUGAAGCUGUGGGAUACAUGAUUGGUGCACAAACAGACCAAACAGUACAAGAACAUUUGAUAGAAAAAUACAUGCUACUUCCUAAUCAAGUUUGGGAUAGCAUAAUCCAGCAGGCAACCAAAAAUGUGGAUAUACUUAAAGAUCCUGAAACAGUCAAGCAGCUCGGUAGCAUAUUGAAAACAAAUGUGAGAGCCUGCAAAGCUGUGGGACACCCCUUUGUAAUUCAGCUUGGAAGAAUUUACUUAGAUAUGCUUAAUGUAUACAAGUGCCUCAGUGAAAAUAUUUCUGCAGCUAUCCAAGCCAAUGGUGAGAUGGUUACAAAGCAACCGUUGAUUAGAAGUAUGCGAACAGUAAAAAGGGAAACUUUAAAGUUAAUAUCUGGUUGGGUGAGCCGGUCUAAUGAUCCACAGAUGGUAGCUGAAAAUUUUGUUCCUCCUCUGUUGGAUGCAGUUCUCAUUGAUUAUCAGAGAAAUGUCCCAGCUGCUAGAGAACCAGAAGUGCUUAGUACUAUGGCUAUAAUUGUCAACAAGUUGGGAGGACAUAUAACAGCUGAAAUACCUCAAAUAUUUGAUGCUGUUUUUGAAUGCACAUUGAAUAUGAUAAAUAAGGACUUUGAAGAAUAUCCUGAACAUAGAACAAACUUUUUCUUACUACUUCAGGCUGUCAAUUCUCAUUGUUUCCCAGCAUUUCUGGCUAUUCCACCUGCACAAUUUAAACUUGUUUUGGAUUCCAUUAUUUGGGCAUUCAAACAUACUAUGAGAAAUGUUGCCGAUACAGGCUUACAGAUCCUUUUUACACUCUUACAAAACGUUGCACAAGAGGAAGCUGCAGCUCAGAGUUUUUAUCAAACUUAUUUUUGUGAUAUUCUUCAACAUAUCUUUUCUGUUGUGACAGACACCUCACAUACUGCUGGUUUGACAAUGCAUGCGUCAAUACUUGCAUAUAUGUUUAAUUUGGUUGAAGAAGGAAAAAUAAGUACACCAUUAAAUCCUGGGAAUCCAGUUAACAACCAAAUGUUUAUUCAGGAAUAUGUGGCUAAUCUCCUUAAAUCUGCAUUCCCUCAUCUACAAGAUGCUCAAGUAAAGCUCUUUGUGACGGGGCUUUUCAGCUUAAAUCAGGAUAUUCCUGCUUUCAAGGAACACCUUAGGGAUUUCCUAGUACAAAUAAAGGAGUUUGCAGGUGAAGAUACAUCUGAUCUGUUUUUGGAAGAAAGAGAAACAGCCCUUCGACAGGCUCAAGAAGAGAAACAUAAACUUCAAAUGUCUGUCCCUGGCAUCCUUAAUCCACAUGAAAUUCCAGAAGAAAUGUGUGAUUAAAAUCAGAAGUCAUUCUGUUUGUUUGUUUUUUCUUCCUCUGCAACUCUUGUUAGCAGAAGAAAACAGCAUCUGGAUAUUUGUCGACCAAAAUGAUGCCAAUUUGUAAAUUAAAAUGUCACCUAGUGGCCCUUUUUCUUAAGUGUUUUUGUAUAAGAAAUUUUCUGUGAAAUACCUUCCAUUGUUAAAGCUUUUGUUUUGGUCAUCUUUAGUUUGCAUGAAGUUGAAAAUUAAGGCAUUUUUAAAAAAUUCUACUUCAUGCCCGUUUUGUGGUUGGGAUGGGGGGAGGAGGCAAAUUGGAUUUGAACAUAUACUUGUAAAUUCUAAUGCAAAAGUACACUUUUUUUUUCUGUAAACAAUACCAAUUUUUAAUUAGGGAGCAUUUUCUUUCUGGCCUGUAUUUCAGCCUAGAAGAAAAAUAAUGAGUAAAACAAAUUGCAUUCUUAAAAGGAUUAUAGUGCUGCAUUAUCUGAAGUUAGCACCUCUUGGACUGAAUUGUUUGUCUAGACUACAUGUAUUUACAAGUCUGUAUGGCAAGUUUGCAGCAAGAUCAUGUGCAUAUCAUCCCAUUGUAAAGCAACUUCAAAAAUAUGUGAACACAGUUAGUUAUUUUUACACAGUUCUUUUUGGUUUUGUGUGUGUGUGCUGUCGCUUGUCGACAACAGCUUUUUGUUUUCCUCAAUGAGGAGUGUUGCUCAUUUGUGAGCCUUCAUUAACUCAAAGUGAAAUGGUUAAAAAUAUUUAUCCUGUUAGAAUAGGCUGCAUCUUUUUAACAACUCAUUAAAAAAAAAAACAAAACAACUGGCUUUUGAGAUGACUUAUACUAAUUUACAUUGUUUACCAAGCUGUAGUGCUUUAAGAACACUACUUAAAAAA